GUUUGAUAGUAUGCUCUUUGUUGGGUUUGUUCACCAGAAAAAAAAUCAAUGAAAACUUAAGUCAAUAAAUGCAUUACUAUUAUGACGUCACAAUGUAAUAUUUCUUAACCGUAGUCUGUUGUCAUAUUGCUGACGUCACAAUAUUGAUAAUCUGAUGACGUCACAGUGUGUGGAUACCUCACGACGAGAUGGCCGCUGAGAGAUCUCCGCAUAUCAUCCAUCUCGAUGGAAACUUCUCACUGCGAGAAAAUGACGGUAUAUGGAAACCUGACCGACACGAAGGUGUUUCCAUAGAUUCAUGCGGUUACAUGAUUGGUCAAACUAUCGGCGAGGGACCAAGGUCAAAGGUCAAGAAGGCGGUUGCAAAACGGAUGAAUGAAAUUGUUGCAAUUAAAAUCAUCAAGAAAAAUCGCUACAAACAGGAAUCAAUGGAGAAGUUUGUGACCAGAGAGAUAUUGUUAAAUCAGACUCUUGAACACCCGGGAUUGCUGGAGCUAUAUUCAGUGUACAGUAGCGCCACCUGUUAUUACUUGGUCCUGGAGUACGCCCCGAAUGGAGAUCUCCUCACAUUCGUCAAUAAGCUUGGCCAUCUUUCCGAACCAGACGCCCGUCGGAUCUUUAAGCAGUUAUUAGACAUUGUCAGCUAUCUUCAUGAAAAUGGCGUCUGUCACCGUGAUAUCAAGUGUGAAAACAUCCUUCUCGAUCAAUAUUACAACAUCAAGUUGGCGGAUUUUGGAUUUGCCCGCAUGUUUCCAGAAAACCGAAAAGUAGCUACCCGAUGUGGCUCGUACGUUUACACAGCACCGGAAGUGCUCACAGAACCGAAAUAUGACGCCGCGAAGGCCGACAUAUGGAGUAUGGGUGUCUGCCUGUACGCUAUGCUGUGCGGUCGUCUGCCCUUCAGGGACGACGAUUUAGCAGUGAUGCGUUUCGCCAUGCAAGAACGGCUCACGUACCGCAAACAUGUCUCUAGAGACUGUCGUGAACUGCUGAUGGCUAUUCUUUCUUACGAGCCCAGAAAGAGACCCUCUAUUAGCACCAUAGUAAGGAUGAAGUGGAUGUGUAAACCUUUGGCCGGCGAUUCUUCCAUGUCGUCCAUGUCCGUGGCUGCUGUGACUGACACACAUGGUGCCCAUCCGGAAUACGACCCCUUCGCUGAACACGGGUUUUCCUGUAAUCUUCAUGACGAUGUCUACAGAGGAACUCGAGUUACAGACGUCUUACGUACUGUCGCCGAAAACCACAGUUCGGGGACCAGUUCAGUUGACCUGACCAAAGUAGCGAUUCCAAAAGAUAAGGCAUCUGCAGUUGCUAUGGUUACUGGAGUAGCAGGACCGAUAGGAAGGAAGUUGAGCCAGCAGAUGGGCCUGGAUGAUUUAGCGAAAUGUCCAAACAAAGCCACCGGUGAGGUGUGGUCGUCUCUAGCAGGCGGGAAAAAAGGUGACGGCAAAGGCCCAAAGGGGCUGUCAGCAUUCGGCAAGGACGCGAACUUGUUGGCCACCUUCAGACGAGCAGCAAGAGUGGUUACGGCCGUGAAAAGGUUCAGACGAAAACCUCUGAACACAAUCCUUAACAUGCCACAAGAUCAAGCCAUGGCCAAGAUUAUUCAAACUCGUGAAAAAACAGAUUCAAACGAUAUAAAAGGUCUUCAUUUCAGUAAAGCUGGCAAAGUGGCAGCAUUGUCUGGACAAGAAAGGAAGGAAAUAGCAUUGGAGAGACGACAAUCCGAAAUAGAGCGUGAAAAUGAAAGUCGUUCAAGGGAAGAACGUCGUGGACUAUUCGGCCACACUCUGUCAGUUCUAACUCCCUAAUCUGACACUUUCAAAGUUGAAUGUUAGAUGAAAUAUGAGUUAACUACAUCUGUGACUCAUUUCCUAGUUUUUACCUUUGAUUCUGUACCAUAGGUUAACUGUGAUUAUUUUAUUUAGAUUCUAUUGUAAGAUUACGUCAACACCGAGUAACAACAUACUGUACCAUCACUUUGGUACAUCUAGAACUGAGAUUAUAGUUUUCGGAUAAGUAAGAAAUUGUCGAUACAAUCUGCGUUGUUCAAUACAUAUAAAUAU